UGCUCUUUCCUUUCUGUGCAAUGGCAAUCACAAUGAAUCACUUCUUCCUACCUGCAAUGGUCAUACUUAUUUUCUCGUUCACAUCUCUGGAUUUAACUGCCGCCCAAAUCGGAGUAUGCUACGGACGGAACGGCGCCGGACUUCCCCCUCCGUCCCGAGUCGUGGAGCUUUUCAAGCAAUACAAUAUCAAAAGAAUGCGAAUCUACGACACAUACCAACCCGCCCUCGAAGCCCUCCGCGGCUCGGACAUUGAGCUCACCGUAGGAAUCCACAACCCGCAGCUCCAAGACAUCGCCAACAGCCGUCCCAACGCGGACCGCUGGGUCCAAGACAACAUCCGCAACUACGGCAACGUCCGCUUCCGCGCAGUCGUCGUCGGCAACGAGGUCAGCCCGAUCCGGCCCGAAACCUCCCAAUACGUCCCCUUCCUCCUCAACGCCAUGCGCAACAUCCGCGCCGCCCUCGAUGCCGCCGGCCUCGGCGCGAUCAAAGUCACCACAGCCAUCGAGACCGAGGUCGUGGACCCCGCCACAAAUUUCCCGCCAAGCAAGGGCGAUUUUCGACCUGAGGUGAGGCCGUUUCUCGACCCGAUCGUCGCGUUCCUCUCCGACACGGGCGCGCCUAUCUUCGCCAGCAUAUACCCCUUCUUGGCCUACUUGAACAACAAGGCGCAGAUCUCUUUCAACUACGCCUUUCUGCAGCCGAACAGCGGCAUCACUGCGGACGGGGUUUACUACGACAAUCUCUACUACGCGCUCGGUUAACCGAGAACCGAACCGAAACCGAAAAAGAAGGGAAGGCAAGAG